GAAACAUUGUGCGUUUCCCACUCCGACAUUCAGCUACAGCCCGACAACCACCGAGGUCUAAUCGGAAGCACCAACCAUGGCGGCGGCGGCGAAGAUAGCGCCGUCCAUGCUGUCGUCGGACUUCGCCAACCUCGCCUCGGAGGCGGAGCGCAUGGUCCGCCUCGGCGCCGACUGGCUCCACAUGGACGUCAUGGAUGGGCACUUCGUUCCUAAUUUAACUCUUGGAGCUCCAGUUAUUCAGAGUUUGAGGAAGCACACCAAGGCAUAUUUGGACUGCCACCUCAUGGUGACAAAUCCUUCAGAUUAUGUAGAGGCAUUUGGGAAAGCUGGCGCCUCAGGAUUCACAUUCCAUAUCGAAGUAGCAAGAGAUAACUGGAAAGAGCUGAUCCAAAGCAUUAAAGCAAAGGGCAUGACGCCUGGUGUAUCGUUGAGACCUGGUACUCCGGUGGAGGAUGUUUUCCCCCUGGUGGAAGCAGAACACCCUGUAGAACUGGUUCUUGUGAUGACAGUCGAGCCUGGCUUUGGUGGUCAGAAGUUCAUGCCGGAGAUGAUGGAUAAGGUGCGUACAUUGAGAAAGAAGUACCCUUCACUGGACAUAGAGGUCGACGGCGGCCUGGGUCCUUCCACCAUAGACGUCGCUGCGUCUGCCGGAGCCAACUGCAUCGUCGCUGGAAGUUCUAUAUUUGGAGCUGCCGACCCGGGAGAGGUCAUAUCGGUGCUACGAAAGAGCGUCGAGUUGUCCCAAAACCAAAGCUGAUUCGCGACCGACCCUUCUGCUGUUUCUGCUGUAUACUAGAACUACUCUGCACGUCACCCGUACACAGCCUCAGUUACACAGCAUCAGUUUGCACGCUUGCACUGGAAAUUGAUCGGCGAAGCCUGAAUAAAUUGUUCUCUUGGGCAAGUUAUGCCAGUGGCUUUGCACUUCUCCUUUUUGGGGAAUUACUUUCUUCCCUGAAUAAAUUGUGUUAUUGGGCAAGUUAUGCCAGUGGCUUUGCACUUUUUUUUCUUCUUCUUCGAAUUACUACUUUCUGGUAGUUUGGAGCUUGUAGAAUAUGCAGUUAUAAAAGGAGCACAAUUUCCUGUUGAC